GCUCAUUAGAACAGGACCGGGGCCACAUUCACGUCGUAUCGCUAUUUCGGUGCAGAAACUGAUCGCUGACGUGGAAGUGGGAAGUGUGGCACGCGUUCACUCCUGUGUCAAACCACCAUGGCGUCGAGCACGAAUAUUAAAGUCGUAUGUCGGUUCCGACCGCAGAACUCGAUAGAGCUGAGGGAAGGUGGAGAGAUUGUCGUCGCUUUUGAUGAGAAUUUACAUACCGUCCAGCUGAGGGCUGCGCAAGCUACUGCUGGUCCAGAGAAGGAUGGCUUCACAUUCGAUCGCGUCUUUCCUAUGACCACGCAGCAGGUCGAGAUCUUCGAGUAUGGUGUGAAAGAUAUUGUUACAGAUGUUAUGGAUGGUUACAAUGGCACUGUCUUCGCGUACGGACAAACUGGAAGUGGAAAGACCUUUACCAUGAUGGGUGCCGAUAUCGACGAUGACAACCUCAAAGGCAUUAUUCCUCGUAUUACAGAGCAGAUCUUCUCGUCAAUUGUCGAGUCAGAUCCACAUCUCGAAUAUCUGGUGAAAGUGUCGUACAUGGAAAUUUACCUGGAGCGUAUCCGAGAUUUGCUAGCACCCCAGAACGAUAACCUGUCAAUACACGAGGAGAAGAAUAAGGGCGUGUAUGUCAAGAAUCUGUCUGAUUACUAUGUAAGCAGCGCAAAGGAGGUGUACGAGAUUAUGAGGCAAGGUGGACAGGCGCGAAUCGUAUCAGCUACCAAUAUGAAUGCCGAGAGUUCUCGGUCACAUUCAAUUUUCCUGAUCACAAUCAACCAACGGAAUACGGACACUGGUGCCCAGAAGACAGGAAAUCUGUAUCUCGUCGAUCUGGCUGGUUCCGAGAAAGUCGGUAAAACAGGAGCCUCCGGUCAAACGCUCGAAGAAGCAAAGAAGAUCAAUAAAUCGCUUUCGGCCCUCGGGAUGGUCAUCAAUGCUCUUACGGAUGGCAAAUCUACACAUAUCCCGUAUCGCGACUCGAAGCUUACCCGUAUUCUUCAAGAGUCCCUGGGUGGCAACUCCCGAACGACUCUCAUAAUCAAUUGUUCUCCUUCAUCUUACAAUGAGCCUGAGACUCUCAGUACCCUUCGUUUCGGUAUUCGUGCCAAGUCAAUUAAGAACACUGCUCGUAUCAAUACUGAGCUCUCACCUGCCGAACUCAAGGCCCGUCUCAAGCAAGCACAGACAGCCAAUGCAUCAUUCCAAGCAUACAUUGCUGCGCUGGAGGCCGAACUGGCAGUCUGGAGAAGUGGAGGAUCCGUCGAUCAAUCAGAAUGGGCUUCUGCUGACAAGGCUGGUGCUCCCGCACCACCCAAGAAAGCACCUACGCCCUCGACGCCCUCGUCAGCGAGAAGCGUUACACCGAUCAAUCCAGUUAUUGAGAGCUUGCGAGGAGACCUUGAUUCUAGGCCUCAAACCCCGACUGUUGUUGGCCUUGACAAGGAUGAAAGGGAGGAAUUCUUACGUCGCGAGAAUGAACUUAGCGACCAGCUCGCGGAGAAAGAAAGCGCGUUGGCAGCCUCGGAGAAGGCCCUGAAGGAAACCCGCGAGGAACUGUCGUUCUUGAAGGAGCAAGAACGUUCACUUUCGGCGGAAAACAAAUCCAUGUCGACUCAGUUGAACGAUUUGAGAUUGCAGGUCGAGCGACUCGAUUAUGACAACAAAGAGGGUGCAAUCACCAUAGAUAUCUUGAAAGAACAGAACCAAGAUGCGACGCGUGAAUUGGAGGAGUUGCGACAAGCAAUUGCCGACCUUAAAUCCAACCAGAAGGACCCUUCGCUUGAGGAUAAGGAGAAGAAAAAGCAAGAGAAGAUGGCCCUUAUGAUGGCGAAAUUUGAUACUCAAGGAACAUUCUCCGAGAAGGACGAAGCUUUGCGAGCGCUUCUCGUGAAGCUCGACUCCACUGAUGCCGAAAACAUUGCUUCUUCGUUGAGCUCUGAUGAUCUAGUCCUAAUCCGGCGGCAACUUUCUGAAGGCCAGUCGCUUGUGCGCGAGACAGUCGAGCGCCUACGCCAAAGCCAGGAGGAGAACGAAAUACUUACACGCAGGCGCGACGAAGUGGAGUCCCGCCUCGCUGCUCUUGAAGCCGAAUACGAGGAACUACUCGAGAAGACGAUCAACGAUGAGGAGACUAGCAACAUCGACAUUGCGGAAUCUAUGGCCGAGCUGAAGAACAAGCUUGAGGCGCAAUACGCUGCGAAGCGCGAAGCUCACUUGAGCGAGGUUGCAGACCUAAAGCAGCAACUUGAAAUGCGACAAGCCGACAUCAGGAACUUGCAUUCCACUAUCGAUGGGUUGAAGGGUGUCAAUGAAGAACUGAAGCGCGCGUUUGCUGUCACAUCAGCGGGCAUUGAGGGCGGCAAGAAUCUGGCAGAGAGCGCUGCCGAUCUUGAGCGGACGCGCAAGGCUAUCAAUGUUCAGCUUGCUGAAUUCGAUGGUGUCAAGAAGUCUCUCAUGCGGGAUCUACAGAACCGAUGUGAAAAGGUCGUCGAACUAGAGAUACAACUCGACGAGAUCAAAGAACAAUAUAACAACGUCAUCAGGAACAGCAAUACUAAGGCACAACAGAAGAAGAUGGCGUUCUUAGAGCGUAACCUAGAGCAACUGACUCUUGUGCAGAAGCAGCUUGUAGACCAGAACUCCGCCUUGAAGAAAGAAGCGGGAAUUGCUGAGAGGAAGCUUCUCGCACGCAAUGAACGUAUUCAAAACUUGGAAGCUUUGCUUCAGGAUGCAGACAGGCGUCUUGCUGUACAGAACCAGAAGUUCGAGGAGCAGCUUCAAGCCGUCAAGGACAGGCUAGACCAAGCACGAGCGCAAAAAGCAGCGAGCUCGUCACCUCUUAGCUUUGGACGAAUAGCGAAGCCGCUGAGAGGAGGCGGUGGAGCAGCGCCAGCUCCGAUGAACUCACCACCCGCUGGAUUUCCUGGAAACAUGAAUCCUCUUGCUCGGGUACAGAACGAAGACUCAGGCAUACUUGCAGCGAAACGAGCAUCUUGGUUCUUCUCAUCAGGUGCGACGGGAAGGUGA